AUGAAAUCCUCAAGGCUUGCAGAGAGAAUAGACAACCAAUUUGAAACAUUUAGUAAGAAACACAAUAGUGAUGAAGCAUCACCGCGCAAAUUCCUGGCACAGAUCAAGAGAUUAUCUAAAACGUCGCAAGUAAAUGCUAGUCAAGUUAGUACGGACGUUCUUAAUGGUAAUGCAUCAUCGUCUCUUUUAAAGCCGCUCACUGAAUAUAAAGAGAUCCGAAAUGGUGACGAGCCAUUAUCGCUAAGGUUAGGGACGCCAGCAGUAUCGACAUUGAGUUCCGAGGAAAGAAAGAAUGUGAAAACGGAGAACAAUCAACCUCAUGUCAUGACAUCUAGUUUAAUUGAAAACGGAAACGUAGUACUGGAGAGUCAUUGUCAGGAUAAAUGUGAUGAAUCCUGUGUGAGAUCGACGUCGGAGGACGUUGAGAAUCUAUACGACCUGCCAGUCAAUAGUACCACAGAUUUUAACCGUCAACAACAAAGACAGAGAACAAGAAAUAUUUUUGCCUGGGACGAUUAG